AUGACCAGGUUUUUGUCGGUGGUGAAGCGUUUGCGCACACUGGGAAUGGAUGAGAAAAUGGACGCUGUCGAGUCUCUGUUCAACCACUACGACCGUGACCGGUCAGGCAAGUUGACCAUAAAGGAUGUCUGUCAAAUCCUCAUGCACCUCGAAAUCAAGCCCAGAUCGGUGCUCGAGCAGGAGAACAUGGCUCAGCUAAUUGAGGAAGCAGACUCUGAGGGAAGCGGGCACCUGAACGUGAACGAGCUUUUGCUGCUGGUGCAAAGAAUCAACGAGCGCAUUGCCGAGCUCGAUCGCAUGGAAAUCUUGAAAAAAGCACAGGCUUUGAACUUUACGAGGAAGCAGGCAAGCACGCUCCGGGAGACGUUCGAGGAGCUUGACGAAGACAGAGAGGGUUUGGUACCCAUCAAUCAGGUUGAGCAGGCUUUGGCGAAGAUGCGAUGGCAGAUCCCAGGAGCAAGACUGCAGCGUUAUGUGAAUGAAAUCGAUGUGGAUGGAAACGGGCAUUUGGAUUUUCUCGAGUUUCUCCAUUUGAUGCGCCGUGUUCUGGACGAUGUCCAGAAUUCAGGCAUGAAGCUGCAGCCAGACGGCACCCUGGUCACAGAUAUCGCCCGGGAAGACGACGAACAUGAGACUGGUGGUGACAGGAAGGACGGGAAGCGGCUGUCAGGAGAAAGGAAGGCAAGGAGGAGUGCAAGAAAGGCAUGA